UUGUCAUUGUGUAUUUUCUGUGAUUGUUCAGCGUGAAUAUGAAUGAGAAUGUUCCAAAAUGUGAUUUCUGACUUAUAUUAUUGAAAUCGAUAGAACAAUGUUCAUAGUCCGUUUAAAAUGAAAAAAGGGGUGACGAAGUGACGCAUGUUAACACAUUUUAUGAGUGAACCAUUAAAUCAAUAGCGUAAUAAUAAGUGAUAUUGCAUUUAUCCCCUAAAAGUGGAUGUUACAAAGUUUCCUGUUCUCAUAAAAUCAGCACACCCAAAAGUAGGUCAUCACAUCAAAAAACAUUCGGGUUCAUGUUAUAUUAAUUGCAAAAGUUUCAAAAACAACCACUGUAGUGGUGUCCAGUCAAUACUACGUCCAUGAAUUGAUUACACCCCCCCUCCCUGUAUUUUUGAACUACAAACGGUCAUUACUGCGCUAGCGCAACGCCAAAUCAUGGCCGAUCCGGACAAUUUGGAGUACUACAUAAAAUUUCCGAAUCCAAAUUUUAAUUAUAAUCAACAUAACAAUGACAGCGAUUUUGUAUUUGUUGUUGACGAGGAUAAGAUUCCUGUUAUCCUCUUGUUCGGAUGGGCUGGCUGUGAAGAUAAGUACCUGUCCAAAUAUUCACAGAUAUACGAAGAAAAGGGUUUAAUAACGAUAAGGUACACUGCGCCAAUAAAAUGCCUGUUUUGGAAAAGGUAUCGUAUGAUAGCAAUUGCAGACAAAAUAUUAAAAUUAUUGCUCGAUUUAAACUUUGAAAGCCAUCCAGUGAUUGUACAUUGUUUUUCGAAUGGGGGUGCCUUUUUAUAUCACAAUUUUUCGCUUGCGUCAGAAAAGAGUACACAACAAAUCCAGAUAAAAGGUGUAAUUUUUGAUUCGGCUCCUGGCAAGAGACGAAUUCUGAGCCUUUACAAAGCAAUAUCCGCUAUUUUGGGAGGAAAUAUAUUUUACAAUUUUUCAAUUUCUGUGUUUAUGACCAUGUUUUUAUCCGUAAUAUGGAUGUAUGAGGUUUGUAAAAAUUGGAUAUUCCCUUCCGACACAUACCAGUCCCAUUUAUGGGAAAAUUUGUUACAAGAAAAAAAUAUGUGGCCCCAACACUUCAUUUAUUCGAAAGCUGACAAUUUGAUUCCAUAUGAGGAUAUAGAAUAUUUUGCUGAAUAUCGUAAAAACAAGGGUGUAGAGGUAAGCACUCUGUGUUUUGAAAAGAGUCCUCACGUUAAACACUACUCUUGCCAUCGAGAAGAGUACGUAAAUAGCGUUUGUAGUUUUAUCAAUAAAUGCUUGAAUGGUAAAACGAUUUAAAACGAGCAAGCAACAAGCAUUGUCGUUACAUAAUUACCAUUAUAAAUAAUAUAGCACAAAAAAGUAUAACGAUCCUUAAUAAAUAAUAUAACAAUAACAUGGUAUAUCUUCGAACCAAGUAGGUGCUUCAAAAGUAGAUGUAUUGUUGUUAAUUCUUUUUGUUUUAUUAUAAUUGAAGUGUGGAAAAUAUUUAAAAUUGUAAUAAGUAAUAAAUCAAUAUAAAAACCACGAUUUGUUGUUUUUAAAAGGAAGUUGUGGUCACUUUUACACAUUAUAUGGUAGUUUGAAGUUCAGAAAAUGCCUCUUUCAUAUUACCUCUUAAUUAAAAAAGUAUACAUGGUGAAUCAGAAAAAACAUCGUAUACUUAAAUAGUUUAUUCAAAUGUAGUGUUUACCUCAGACUGCAUUUCUUAUAAGCUACAUAUGUAUACCAUAUAUCAAACUAAAGGUCUCGGCAUUCUCCAUUCAUCAAAAAUGAUGCGGGCCGACUGGCCACACGGCUCACGCAUGGGUGACUAAGUAUAUAUCAUUUUCGUGAAUUUAUCAAUUUUUGCAGACGAGCAUUUCGCAGGUAUCGUGUACUUAUAGUCGUAAACGAAAGGUGCAAGUGUGGUUAUAUGUUGAGAAUAAUCCAAAACAUUGAAUAAAUUCAUCAUGGCAUUUCCCAAUUACUCUUGUAUAUUGUACUGAUCCCUUAAGAUUUACUAAUAGUAAGUAAAAUUAUUAAGUAUGCAACUAAAACACUGAUUUUAUGAAAUUACGUUUUACUGAAUUGUAAUCUUCUAAUUACAUUUAAUAAACAUCAUUUUUACUAAG